AGAUGCACAUUUCAUAACCAAGCCAAGGACUUUGCAAUCAAUCUGGAGAACAAGGUGUUUUCUAUAAACGAAGCUUUACAGAUGAAGUCUUUGACGUUUGUGAUCGACGCCUGCAAGAUUCUUGCCCAAGCUCGAAAGGUGCUGGCAUACUCGUGUGUUUACAGCUAUUACAACCAGGACACUGAGAAGAUGGAUGUGAUGGAGCAACAGACCGAAGCUCUGGACCUUCAUACUAACGCUCUGCAGAUCCUGCUUGAGGAGACGCUGCUGCAGUGCACUGAUCUUGCAUCCUGUGUCCGACUCCUAAAACCCGAACACCUAAACACUGGCCUGGAGCUCAUUCGCCGAAUUCAGGAGCGUCUUGUGGCCAUCCUCCAGCACUCCACUCAGGACUUCCGUGUAGGAUAUCAGUCCAAGACUGGGCCAGACCAGGAGACAGCACAGGCUUCUAAUCUGGCUAACCACGCAGAUGCCAACAAAGAGUCCAAAUCUGAUGGAGGCUCUGAGUCUGGAGACUCUGACAACAACAACAACUACGCCGGCGAGGACCCUGGCGAUGAAGCAGAGGAGGAUGACGAGUAUGACGAUGAAUACGUUCCAGAAUGGCACGAGGAUUACGAUGAGGAAGACAUAGAUGACGAUGACUUUUUUUCUGAUGAUGAUGAAUCUGAAAACUUGGAGAGGGACUUCAGCCCUUUUGACUAAAUGACCCUGAGACUAAUGCUUACACAAUGCUAACACGAUGUCUACCAAUGUAAAAGUAGACACUACAAAUUCCACACCCAUACAAGAAAGAAAAAAGUGACACAAAUUUCUUGUGAGAAUCCAGAGUUUGGAGUAAGUUU